UGAAACCUCGAUUAUAUGUCUUCUUGCUAUUGUGGAACCUCGAUUAUAUGUCUUCUUGCUAUUGUGGAACCUCGAUUAUAUGUCUUCUUGCUAUUGUGGAACCUCGAUUAUAUGUCUUCUUGCUAUUGUGGAACCUCGAUUAUAUGUCUUCUUGCUAUUGUGGAACCUCGAUUAUAUGUCUUCUUGCUAUUGUGGAACCUCGAUUAUAUGUCUUCUUGCUAUUGUGGAACCUCGAUUAUAUGUCUUCUUGCUAUUGUGGAACCUCGAUUAUAUGUCUUCUUGCUAUUGUGGAACCUCGAUUAUAUGUCUUCUUGCUAUUGUGGAACCUCGAUUAUAUGUCUUCUUGCUAUUGUGGAACCUCGAUUAUAUGUCUUCUUGCUAUUGUGGAACCGCGAUUAUAUGUCUUCUUGCUAUUGUGGAACCCCGAUUAUAUGUCUUGUUGUGGUUGUGGAACCCCGAUUAUAUGUCUUGUUGUGGUUGUGGAACCUCGAUUAUAUGUCUUCUUGCUAUUGUAGAACCUCGAUUAUGUCUUCUUGCUAUUGUGGAACCUCGAUUAUAUGUCUUCUUGCUAUUGUGAAACCUCGAUUAUAUGUCUUCUUGCUAUUGUGGAACCUCGAUUAUAUGUCUUCUUGCUAUUGUGGAACCUCGAUUAUAUGUCUUCUUGCUAUUGUGGAACCUCGAUUAUAUGUCUUCUUGCUAUUGUGGAACCUCGAUUAUAUGUCUUCUUGCUAUUGUGGAACCUCGAUUAUAUGUCUUCUUGCUAUUGUGGAACCCCGAUUAUAUGUCUUGUUGUGGUUGUGGAACCCCGAUUAUAUGUCUUGUUGUGGUUGUGGAACCUCGAUUAUAUGUCUUCUUGCUAUUGUAGAACCUCGAUUAUGUCUUCUUGCUAUUGUGGAACCUCGAUUAUAUGUCUUCUUGCUAUUGUGAAACCUCGAUUAUAUG